AUGAAGAUGAUGAAGUGUGGUGCUGUAGUACAGCAGCUCCUUCCCAAUCCUCCUUCCCUCCCAAUUCUCGCUCUCCCUUUCAAUUCUUCUUCUUCUUCCUCCCGCAGCUUUCUACAUCUUCAUCGUAAUUAUAAUUACAUCCAUAACAGCAGCCUCAAAUCCCUGUUUUCUCAAAAGCGAUUGGCUUCUCUAUCAUCCUCCAAUCAGAGCACUUCCAAUGAGCAAGGGGAAGUUAAUGCCUUUCAACUCAUCCAAGCUCACCAGGAAAAAGCUGCUAGGCUCUCACCUGUAGAGGAAGUCAAGACACUUCUCUAUUACAGUUUGCGGGGAUUCUUGUCUACCUUUUCGCAGAGAUUUGAGGGGUAUCCAUCAGGAUCCAUGGUUGACUUUGCUUGCGACGCUUUUGGAUCUCCCUUACUAGCAGUUAGCAGCUUGGCAGUUCAUACGAAGGAUCUUUUGGCUAACCAAAAAUGCUCAUUGCUUGUGGCAAGAGAUCCUGAGGAUCGAACUGACCUUGUUGUUAUUGUUCAUGGGGAUGCUGUCCCAGUUGAAAAAACAGAAAGGGAUGUUAUCCGUGCAGCAUAUUUGGCUAGACACCCUGAUGCAUUUUGGGUUGACUUUGGUGAUUUCCAAUUUCUGCGAAUUGAACCAACUGUUGUAAGAUAUGUGUCUGGCGUUGCAACAGCUUUAUUAGGAUCUGGAGAAUUCACCAAGGACGAGUUUAAAGCAGCGAAAGUGGAUCCUAUAUACCAAUUCUCUAAGCCUGUGACAUUGCACAUGAACAAAGAUCACGCAGACGAAACAAAACUGAUAGUGCAGCACGUGACAUCUGUCCCGGUAGAGUUUGCAUACAUGGUGGACAUAGACAGUCUGGGAUUCAAUGCGAAGGCUGGGUACGAAGGGAACACUUUCAAGAUACGGAUCCCUUUCACGAGGCGCGCUGGUGAUAGAAAGGAUGUGAAGACGUUGAUAGUGGAGAUGCUACAAGCUGCCAAAUCACAGCUACUUGUUUAAUUGAUGCUUUUAGCUUCAAGUUAAGGGGCCAUGGCCAUGGCCAUUGAUGUACAUUUACAUAUACAUAUACACAGUUUGUUUCAAGUUAAUGUAAAGCCAAGCUACUUAAAGAGUGUACUGAAAUUUAAUAACUAUAAAUUUAACUUUUGAAUUUGCA